AUGGUUGCGGUUGAUUAUGCAGAACAUUUCUGGGGAGACAAACAUCAUGGGUAUCAAAUCCUUUAUGAAAAUUUAAAGCGUGGGGAAGAAGCUGUGCAAGAGCUGGCACAAUUUCUGAAAGAUCGAACGAGUUUUGAGGAAGAAUCUAGUAAAUUCUUCUCAAAAAGUGUAAAUAAGAGCGCAUCAUUAUCGUCAUCUUCUGGAUCAUUUAGCGACACUUGGAGCGCAACGAAGGAAAUUUUCGAUCAUUUAGCCGAAGUUCAAUCAUCUUUUCUGUUCAAACUGCAACAGUUGCUGAAGGAUGUUGUGCGUUACCAUGAAGAUUUGGUCCGGUCACGCAAACGUGUCAAAGAACAGGAUGUCAUUGAUGCUGUCAAUUUGAUGCAGACCACAACAACUUGCCUCCAGAAAUCCAAAGAAACUUACAUGCAGCGGUGUUCAGAGUUGGAAAAGCUUCGGAAGGAGAAUGCUUUGGCGAAAGAAAUUAAUAAGGUAGAAAGUAAGGUUGUGAAAUCACGAGAGGAGUAUAGGAACUAUGUGGAAAAGUAUGGCAGAGUGCGGACAGAGUUUGAAGAAAAAAUGGUUAAGGCAGCACGUGCAUUCCAAGCCCAUGACCACGCUUUUUUGCAGCAAAUGAAAAAUUUUUUUGUUUCCUUCGCAAUAUCGUUGGAAGAUGCGUCGAUUGCAUCGUCAAAAGACUGGCUAGAGGAGUUAAAAGUUGAGGUUUACUCGAAGUAUAGGGAAGCUAUGGAUAAUAUGGACAUCGAUUCCAUUAUGAAGAAAUUUAUUGAGUCGAAGGGUACUGGAAGAGACCGUCCUGAAAUUGCUCUGUUUGAAGAAAUUGACUGUCUUGGUGAUGGUGUUAUAACGGGAAGUGCUUCCGCUCCAUCAUCAUCAAAUUCUUCUGCUAUCAUACAUCCGCUUACUCAGUCUGAACCAGCAGCUCCAACUGCGCACGAUCUUCUAGGAUUAGAUUCUGGAAACUACGAUUCAUGGAAUGACGAUAAACCAGGACAGUCUUCUCCAACUGCAACUGAAAACGUUCUGGCUGAAAAUAAUGGUUCUUCUACCUCCUCCUCUAUAUUUUCUUCUUCCUUGGGACGCCAGAAGUUGUCAAUGUGGUUGCCUAGUAAACGGAAAAAACAUUACUCUCAAGGGAGUUUGCCUGUUGCUGAAGCUGGUCAUCUAGAACAUAGUCAACCGGAGGCAACUGGUUUCCUGAAGAAAUAUCGGUCUAAAACUAAGAAAUCAUUAAUGGAUCUUACUUCUGCUGCACCAGAAACAGCUUCAGGAGUGGAAGAUUCGAGAAGCACUGCAAGCAGCUCAAAAAGUGAGGAAAGAACGUAUCCAAAUACAAAUGAUACACUAAAUGUUCUCGAUUUACCACUAGCUCCACCUCCUCCUUUGCCAAGCUAUCCUCCUCCAGAUGAACUUGAUGAAGAGGGUUACAAAGUUCGAGAGCAGCCACUUGUUUCUGCUGAUCAUUCUAGGUGUAGUAGCUGUAGCGAAUCGUCAGAAGAAGACGAGGAAUUAUCUCGUGCCGCGAAGCUACGUCAAAUCAACAUAAAGCCUCUAAGUGAAUCUGUGGCGAAUGUUACAUCGAUGGAUGAACUGAGGGUCGCUGCUGAACAUAUCAGUAUGAAUGCCACGAUUAAUAGAAGCAGCACCUUUGACAGGGAUCCUUGGACAGCCACUACUCGAACUACCCCGUUUAGUCUUAGUUUCGGAGGUAAUGUUCGUCCCUUGAGGGCUGCUUACACCGGUGAUGAUUACUUGCGUAGAAAGCAUGAAACAAGUACUCCGUUACCGUUUUCUUUAUCUGUUGGUGGGGGAGGUAUGGCCCGUGCUCGUCCUCGUAGUAACACUCCAACGUUUGGUGCCUCUUGUAUGGCUUUAAGUUCGACGUUCCAGAGUGCUAGUGAAAGCUCUUCUAAUACUCGUAUGGAUCUUUCUUCAAGCAACAUUCCAGCUUUUCUUCGAAGUGAAUCAUCUAGCUCGCUAGGACUUUGUUCGGACUCACCGUUUAGUGCUUCCACUUCAAAUUUGUUUAAUAUAGCUUCAAACGUUGGAGAACAUAAACUUCCAGUUGCUAUGGCAGUUAAUGAAUACGUUCACGCGUGGUUCAAAGGUGCCGGCGAUUCACAGUUAGCAACGUACUCAGUGAGAGUAUUUGGGACAGUCCUCGUUUCGUUUCCUUCCUCUUCUAUAUCAAUUCUCAGUGAUUUGAAUUCUAAUGUCGAGCCACUGAGAUUUAAAUUGACUUCCAAAGUAAGGAUGAAGACAGUUCUGCCGAAUAAACAGCUUAUAUCUGUUUCUUUCGACUCGGAGAAUUCGAUGCUUCCUAGAUGUCAACAGUCGUGCUCUUUUGAUCGUUCUCUCCUUGCCAACUGGUUAAGUUCACAAUUUAGAGAUAAACCUACUGCUCCGUUUUAUAAUGUUGAGGUUUUGCGCUAUGAAUUGCUUGAUGUUGGAGCUCCACCAUUGAAUUUGGCUACUUACUGGAAGCUAGAAAAAGAAAACACUGAUCUUAGAAUAGAUUACCAUUUAAAUCCGAAUAGUCCACUACAAAACGCCCUUUUGAAUUUAACGUUUUCUACAAAAGUAAAUGGUGGUGUUACUAGUGUUACUGCAAAUCCGAAAGAGGAGUGGUCAAGUACUAGUAAUACUUUAUGUUGGAAAUUAACUGAACUGUCACGACACGGGGAAAGUGGUGGGUCUUUGAAAGCCCGGUUAACUUUAAAUUCUGGUCCUUCAACGUCUUCCCAAACAUUCGUACAAUUUCAGACAUCAGAUGCAACGAUGUCCGGAGCUACAGUUGCUAUCGAAAACGAUGACGCAUAUUUUCUUUCAUUGUUGCGUCGCAAAGUGUUAUCUGGAAAAUAUUAUUGUGACCCGGAGGUCUUCAAGGGGAUCUAA